CCCGCCGCGGGGCCGGGCCGCCUGGGCGCGUGUGAGUGGCCGACAAGCGGCCCCGCCAGCCCUCCGCCCCGGCCGGCUGGCCUCCCUCCCCGGGCCGCCCCGCUCUGCCGCCUCCCUCGGGCGGGAGGCCCCGAGCCCGCCCUCGCCACUGCCGGGCCGGGUCCGGGCGGCCUCCUGGGGCCGCGACAGGAGCUGAGCUCAGCGCAGCCAUGGCCCAGGAGACCAACCAGACGCAGGUGCCCCUCCUAUGCACCACAGGCUGUGGCUUCUAUGGAAACCCUCGAACCAACGGCAUGUGCUCUGUCUGCUAUAAGGAUUUCCUCCAGCGGCAACAGAAUAGUGGGCGACUAAGUCCCCCAGCCAGCAGCCCCAGUCCUGCUGUCCUGGAGACUUUCCCUGCAGCCUGUGCGGAGGAGGCGGACCCUACCCCUGAUGAUGGCCUAGUCAGACCGAGCUCUCAGACUCCUGUGACCCACCAGAUGACGGCCAUGAGCAUAUCGAAGGAGGACGCCCACAGCCAGGCAGACGAGGCCAUCUCCACGGCUCCCUCCUCAGGUUCUCUUCUUGAGACAUCUCAGAGCUCCUCUGAGGAAGAGAAGUCAUCCGAGAAACCCAAACCGAGAAAGAACCGCUGCUUUGCUUGUCGGAAGAAAGUGGGUCUGACAGGCUUCGACUGCCGCUGUGGAAAUCUCUUUUGUGCCAUGCACCGGUACUCAGAAAAGCACAGCUGUCCCUUCGACUACAAGGCCGAGGCCGCCGAGAAGAUCCGCAAGGAGAACCCCAUCAUCGUGGCUGAGAAGAUUCGGAAGUUGUGAAGUGAGGAACGGGCCCGGCCCCUCCCCCUCCCCGGGCCAGCCCCAGCCCCUCCUGGUCCUCUGGGUAAUGAGCCUUCGGGCCGCGGGGGCAGCUUCGCCCUCUCUUGUCAGCCGUGGAGCAUCCUCUGGCCUGGCUGUGCUGGGAGAGGGCCCAGUCGGGGGGAGACGAGCUGCCACUCCUCCCUUCCCCCGGGCCCUCCUCUUGGAAGCCCAGAAGGAUCCAGGGACUCGAGGAGAGUGGGAGCCGCGGCCUUCCCUGCCUGGCACUGAGGCCCCUUUCCUCUCCGUACAGGCAUGGCAUCCCUGAGGGGCACGGUCCUCCGUGCCAUUUAAGAGGUCCCUGACUCCUCCCCCCGAGGCCGGGGGAUCUGGCUGAAUCUGCUCCGAAGCCACCUCUGGGGUUUGGGUGUUUCCCCAGAUAAAGAACUCUGCAGCUCGAAAGCCCUUAGACUUGUUUGUGUCCUCUCCCUCCCUGGCUCCAGGGGAGAUAGGGGACCAGCUCCCCCCUGUCUCAGCAGGAAGCCUUGCCUUCAUUUCUCUGUCUCCUCCCUUUCCUUGCCCUUUCCCAGGAGGUCCCGGCACCCCCAGCUCUUCCUGCCGACCCCCGGAGCCCUUUGUGGCCCAGCCGUCAGAGGGCCCUCUUGCUUCCCCCGCUCCCGCCCCCCCAUCCUUCUUCCCUCCACACGCCCUCACCUUGCUCCCCCCGUUCUGCCUUACUGUGCACUCCUGGCUCUCAGGCUUGCAUCCCCGGCUCAACCAGCCCCUUUCUCCCCUCACAGGGGACAAUCUCAGAGGAACCUUAGCUCUGUGUGAAGGUUGCCCAUAGUUAGCAGGCCAGCCUGGGGGAAGGGCAGAAGCAGAGUGGGCUGCGACCCCGUCCCUCCCUCCACCUUGCUCUUGUGGGCACCUUCUCCUUCAAGCCUGGGGCCUCGGCCCUGCCGGGAAAGCUGCCUCUGCUUUUUCUGUGGGAAGCGAGCCGGCCGGGCCUUGGCUCCCUGAUCCGCCGGGCCCCUGGCCACCUGUCCUCAGGUCUGGCAUCUGGAGCGGCUCUUUCGGGGGCGGACUACCGCGUGAGUCUCCUUUGUGGGGCCUGGGGGUCGAGGCAAGGAGAGCCGCCCUGCAGAGCUGUGAAGGAGAAGGCCCUGCUGCGGCCAGGGGAGUGACUGUCCGGCUCCGUUGGAGUCCAGGACACCCAGCACCUUAAAAGGGCCUGAACCUCUCCGAGGGCCAGCAGGAGGGUCUGGCAGCCCCGCUGGAUUCUGAAUCUAUCUCUGCCCCUUCCCCUCCCCAGGGAGUGGAGCCUUGGCUCAGGCUGGCCCCGGGGCCCUUCCCAGAGGCCAGUGGGCAGUACCAAGCUGCCAUCUUCUCAGGACUCCCACAGCUGCUCUGGAUUCUUAGUGAGUGCUGCUGACUUCCUUGCCACACUUCCUGCCUUCUCAAGCACAGGCUCCCCUUUGCCUUGAGCCCAUCAACAUCUCCUCCCAGUUUUCUGUUUUAACUUUUACAGACAGAUCUUAAGUGCUGGGCAAGAGCACCAGCGAGGGCCCACUCACCCCCGGGGACUGGACUUGGUCCCGCCCCCAUGUCUGCUGCCCCUCCACCUCUUGACCUUGCAGACCCUCUGGAGCCCGGGGGCUAAUGGGUGGUUUGUGCCUUCUAGCCUGCUGCCCCCUCCCUCCUGCUGAACCAGUUUGAUCUUAUUUUUCUUUUCCCUGUCCCCCAGCAUCGUGCCCCGCCUAUGUAAAUAUUAAUAUAUUCCGUUUGUCUCCA